AUGUCCGGCCAGAGCCUGACGGACCGAAUCACCGCCGCCCAGCACAGUGUCACCGGCUCUGCCGUCUCCAAGACAGUAUGCAAGGCCACGACCCACGAGAUCAUGGGGCCCAAGAAGAAGCACCUGGACUACUUAAUUCAGUGCACAAAUGAGAUGAAUGUGAACAUCCCACAGUUGGCAGACAGUUUAUUUGAAAGAACUACUAACAGUAGUUGGGUAGUGGUCUUCAAAUCUCUGAUUACAACUCAUCAUUUGAUGGUAUAUGGAAAUGAGCGUUUUAUUCAGUAUUUGGCUUCAAGAAACACAUUGUUUAACUUAAGCAAUUUUUUGGAUAAAAGUGGAUUACAAGGAUAUGACAUGUCUACAUUUAUUAGGCGGUAUAGUAGAUAUCUAAAUGAAAAAGCAGUUUCAUACAGACAAGUUGCAUUUGAUUUCACAAAGGUGAAAAGAGGGGCUGAUGGAGUUAUGAGGACAAUGAACACAGAAAAACUCCUAAAAACUGUACCUAUUAUUCAAAAUCAAAUGGAUGCCCUUCUUGAUUUUAAUGUUAAUAGUAACGAACUUACAAAUGGAGUAAUAAAUGCUGCCUUCAUGCUCUUGUUCAAAGAUGCCAUUAGACUGUUUGCAGCAUACAAUGAAGGAAUUAUUAACCUAUUGGAAAAAUAUUUUGAUAUGAAAAAGAAUCAGUGCAAAGAAGGUCUUGACAUCUAUAAGAAGUUCCUGACCAGAAUGACAAGAAUCUCAGAGUUUCUCAAAGUUGCAGAGCAAGUUGGAAUUGACAGAGGUGAUAUACCAGACCUUUCACAGGCCCCCAGUAGUCUUCUUGAUGCUUUGGAACAACAUUUAGCUUCCUUGGAAGGAAAGAAAAUCAAAGAUUCUACAGCUGCAAGCAGGGCUACAACACUUUCUAAUGCAGUCUCUUCCCUGGCAAGUACUGGCUUGUCUCUUACCAAAGUGGAUGAAAGGGAAAAGCAGGCAGCAUUAGAGGAAGAACAGGCUCGUUUAAAAGCUUUAAAGGAACAGCGCCUAAAAGAACUUGCAAAGAAACCUCAUACCUCUUUAACAACUGCAGCCUCUCCUGUGUCCACCUCAGCAGGGGGUAUAAUGACUGUACCAGCCAUUGACCUGUUUUCUACCCCUAGUUCAUCUAACAGCUCAUCAAAGCUACCAAAUGAUUUGCUUGAUUUGCAACAGCCAACUUUUCACCCACCUGGACUUUCUAUGACAGCUACUUCUCAGGUAGCAAGUACAUGGGGAGAUCCUUUCUCUGCUACUGUAGAUGCUGUUGAUGAUGCCAUUCCAAACUUAAAUCCUUUCAUCACAAGUAGUGGUGAUGUUUACCUUCCUAUUCCUGCAGAUGUACCCACUUUUACUACUAGGACACCUACUCAUGAAAUGUUUGUUGGAUUCACUUCUUCUCCAGUUGCACAGCCACAGCCUUCAGCUGGCCUUAAUGUUGACUUUGAAUCUGUGUUUGGAAAUAAAUCUACUAACGUUAUUGUAGAUUCUGGGGGCUUUGAUGAACUAGGUGGACUUCUCAAACCAACAGUGGCCUCGCAGAACCAGAGUCUUCCUGUUUCCAAACUUCCACCUAACAAGCUGGUAUCUGAUGACUUGGAUUCAUCCUUAGCCAAUCUUGUGGGCAAUCUUGGCAUUGGAAAUGGAACCACUAAGAAUGAUGUAAAUUGGAGUCAGCCAGGUGAAAAGAAGUUAACUGGAGGAUCUAACUGGCAACCAAAAGUUGCACCAACAACGGCUUGGAAUGCUGCAACAGUGGCACCCCCUGUAAUGGCCUAUCCUGCUACUACACCCACAGGCAUGAUAGGAUAUGGAAUUCCUCCUCAAAUGGGAAGUGUACCUGUAAUGGCACAACCAACCUUAAUAUACAACCAGCCUGUCAUGAGACCACCAAAUCCCUUUGGCCCUGUAUCAGGAGCACAGAUACAGUUUAUGUAA